AUGAAGAUCGAGCGUGUUCUCUACAAGACAUUUCGGCGCUUCUUGCCUGUCCUAGUCGUGCUAUCGAUACUAUGGAACGGGCUUGAGGCUAUACAUGCCAGGCGCAUGAUGCUGCGGCACGACACUUUCAGCACGGAAUCGCAGGGACUUGACAGAAUAUUCAUUGCGAGCCUCCACUGGAACAGCGAGAAGAUACUGAGAGAAUCCUGGCUGCAGUCGGUUGUGGAGCUGGCCGAAUCGUUCGGCAGAAACAACGUCUUUUUCAGUAUCUUUGAAAGUGGCAGCUGGGAUGGAACGAAGAGUGCGCUGGGCGACCUGGACUCGGUGCUGGCGAAGAAAGAUAUUCCACGGAGAGUCAUUCUCGAUAAUACAACCCACCUCGACGAGAUCAGCAGGUCGCCGACCGGGAGUGGCUGGAUCAAAACACCCCAAGGCAAAGUGGAGCUGCGCCGCAUCCCAUACCUGGCCCGACUACGCAAUACUGUGCUUCAGCCACUGUAUGAGAACAGUGGUGCCAGGUUCGACAAGAUUCUCUUCCUAGGCGACGUCGCGUUUACGACGGCGGAUGUCUACACGCUGCUUUCGACUCGAGGCGGCAACUAUGCGGCAGCAUGCUCGCUCGACUUUUCUAGUCCGCCCAACUUCUACGACACCUUUGCUCUCCGAGACAGCGAUGGCCACGGAGCCUUGACGCAGACCUGGCCCUAUUUUCGGUCGCGUGCCUCGCGGAAAGCUUUGAUCGAGAGCCAGCCGGUGCCAGUCACCAGCUGCUGGAACGGGAUAGUGGCCAUGGAUGCAGCGCCAUUCUACGACGAGGUGCCACUGACCUUUCGUGGUAUUGCCGACAGCCUUGCCACUAAGCACCUGGAGGGUUCCGAAUGCUGCUUGAUACACGCAGACAACAGGCUGUCCGACAGCAAAGGCAUCUGGCUCAAUCCGAAUGUACGUGUUGGGUACGAUACGUCUGCGUACAAGGCGGUUCACUCUGCAAGCCAAUCCUGGGUGUCGAGCCGUUCGAUCGUCACAGGCCUGUGGAAGAAUUGUCUUCUCCGCUGGCUGACAACGCCGUGGAUGCAUGAUAGCAGUAUAGGCAGACAUGUACGCCAGUGGAAAGAACUCGAUGUAAACAACACAGAAGGCGGAGCCUUCUGCCUUAUUGACGAGAUGCAGGUGUUGGUGGAGAAUGGCUGGGGCCAUCGGUAA